UUUAACUUUAGUCUAGAAGUGUUUAUAAUAACUGUUGAAACUUGUAGAGCCUAGAGGUGUCACUAUGACCCAGUGGGCCAACUUAAAAGUGAAUUUGCAAUAAGAAUGACUACAGGAAUGCUUGUUACAGCUAAGACAUUGAUUGAAGUAACAAAGCAGAGUCAGAUGGAAGUUUGGAAGGUACCUGGGUGAGCUUUGAUCAACUUGUAACGCUGAAAACUUUCUUCUGGAGUUAUGGAGGCACAUAAAGAUAGUAUGUCUGUCCGUCCAUCGCUGCCUACACAGAGAUUAUUCAGACUUGGGAAUGGGGCCACACAGACCAGAACAAGUAUCAAGAUUUGCAAGUUUGAUGAGGAGCCGGACUCUGUUCAUUCUGAGGUGGAUGUUACUGACGAGGACUCAACUUCGGAGAGAAAUGAGAACGGUAAACAUACCAGUGUCCUGCCCAGCAGAGUCCCGUCUCAUCUCCUCAUGAUCUCCAUCCUGGAACACUUAUGUUUGAUGUAUGCCCAAGAUGCUGAAAAAGGGAAGCAACUCUUCCAAGUUAUAUCUGAUCAGUUGGUUCGGCACCAGUACGUUUCCCCUUUUACUGUGUUGGAUGAGAUGAAAAGCAUCAGAGCACAGUAUCGUUAUUUCAUGAAUCACAUUCUAAAGGCUGCCAUGAUGAAAAUCUGUCAGACACCAGCUGCUUUGCCGAGUAGUUCUAGUCAGGAAACUCCUUGUGCCAGUUCACCAGGACUGCGACACCAGUUGUCUUUCCUGUCCACAGAAGAUAUGCUGCAGAUGCAGACCUCAAGAUACACGACAGAAUUCAAAGAGAUCAGCAAAAUUGGCAAAGGAGGUUUUGGAUCUGUGUACAAGGCCAGACAUAAUUUAGAUGGGAGGAUGUAUGCAAUCAAAAAGAUCAAGUUUAAACACUCUAAACCUGAAGUGUGGAUGAGGGUUCUGAGAGAAGUGAAAGCCUUAGCAAACUUACAGCACGGGAACAUUGUAGGGUAUAACGCUGCCUGGCUGGAAUAUGCAACAAACUUUGAUCCUGAAUGUGGAGAUACAGCGGUGUCCUCCCCAGCAGACUUAAGCUUUCAGCCUAAAGAUAAGGAGACAGAUGACAGUGUGGUGUUUGCUGCCUCUGGACCUAGUGGAGCCAGUGAUGGCAUUAACUUUAUAGUACACAACACCGCCUCUCUUUCACCCCCUUUCUCCCUCAGGGGCCCCUAUGUGGAGGAGCUGGAUGCCAGUGACUCAGGGAGUGUUUGUAAAGCCUGUCUAUUGAACAAUACCAGUCAGGCAGACACUCAACAGACAGGGCUGAUCAAAAAACCUCCCAAACACAGCUGUGCCAAGAAAUUCUUUGAAUCUGAAUUCACAGGGACUUGCUCCUCUAUGCAGGCCACUGAAACUGUAGACAGGGGCAAGGCGUGGGAUGUUAUUGACAGUAAUGGACGAUUCUGGAAUAGGCAGCUUCAAGUGAAACGAAGUAUUAGUUAUGAUCAUAUGCCAUGUUGUGACAACGACACGCAUGAGAAGUGUCAAAAAUUUGAAAUUAAUGUUAGUUUGUUUAUACAAAUGGAACUUUGCAGUCUAACCUUAAAGGAUUGGCUGCAGCAGCGAAACCAAAAGUGUACAAAUAAGACAGACUUGCCAUAUUACUCUGUAUACAACAUGAAGAUAUUUAAGCAGAUUCUUAAAGGAGUUGAGUUUAUCCAUAGUAAUGGUCUUAUUCAUAGAGAUUUAAAGCCAAGAAACAUAUUCCUGCAUGAGCCAGAGCUGCAUGUGAAGAUUGGAGACUUUGGGUUGGCAAAGGAUGAUCUUGUGAAAGGAUCUGACGAUGUUCUGUUAACUCCAUCUCCUGUUGAUUUAUAUGAUGAGUUUGUUUGGGAGAAGCAUACAUCAGGAGUUGGGACUUCCACGUAUGCAGCACCCGAGCAGCUGGAGGGAACUCUGUAUAACUAUAAGAGUGAUGUGUACAGCUUGGGCGUUAUACUGUUUGAAAUGUUCAAUACUUUUCAAACAGAGAUGGAGAAAUUCCAUUGUAUGGAUCAACUCAGGAAAAACAGGGAACUCAGUGAAGACUUUCUGAUGGAAUGGCCACUUCAUGUCAGUUUUGUCAAAAGAAUGACGUCACUUCAUCCCAAUGAGAGGCCCUCUGUCAGAGAAAUACUGAACAGUGAAUUGUUCCUCACCAAAGAGCAGGUAAUUCAGAAUCUCAGGCAAACUCUAAAGGACAGAGAUGAAGAAAUUCGGAGAUUAAAAGCAAUGAUAGAAGAACGGGACAAAAGAUUUGAUCGACUAGAAAAAGACUUUGGAAAAGUGACAAAUAUUAAACUAGAUCUGUGUGACAAGGAAGAUGUGGUGCUUUAAGUGCUGUAAAUGCUGGCAGCUAAUGACUAAAAUUGGUUCAAGAAAUUGGUAUGAAUGAUUGGAAGUGGCCAGAACUUACUGUAUGCUUGUGUUGGAAAGGAAACUGGAGGAGGAAAUUGAAAAUGAAUACUCACAGUAAUUAGAAAUUUAUAUGAGUGAUUGGAAAAGCUUCCACAAUAGAUGAAAGUUUGUCCAUUGUGAAUGUGAAGGUUUUUAUUAGAUAAUU